UUAUCUCUCCACUGUUUCUUUAUUUCAAAUUUCUAUGGCCGCCAUUGAUCUGUUUCUUCAUCUUUCUCUGUUAUUGCUUCUCUGCUUUCUUCACUGUUACGCCCAGACCCAUUCCCCACACAAUACACUAAUUAAUUUGGGUUCCACAAUCGUCGCUGGGUCGAAUGAAUUCUGGCGAUCAUCCUCCGGCGAGUUUGCCUUCGGGUUCCACCGCAUUGCCGAUGGUAGAUACCUUGCUGGCAUAGUGUUCGACAAAAUUCCUGAGAGAACUUUGGCAUGGUCUGCCAACAGAGACGAUCCAGCACAGGCUAAUUCCACCAUUGUUCUCAAACCCACCGGCGAAUUCGUGCUGAUUUAUGCCAACAACUCCCAAUUUCAAUCAGCGACGGCACUGUGGGGAGCUCUGCUUUUAUGUCCGAUGAUGGCAACUUGAUGCUGCUUGAUUCCUCCUCCAAUCCCGUAUGGCAGAGCUUUGAUCAUCCGACCGACACCCUUUUGCCGGGACAGGUUCUUCGAAUGGGCCAGAAACUGUACUCAAAUGCCAACGGAACAGUCGACUACUCAACCGGCCAAUUCAUGUUGGACGUUCAAUCGGACGGCAAUGUCAUAAUGUCUGCUUUUCGAUAUCCCGACCCUGCCUACAAGUAUACUGGCACUAUCAAUUACAAAAACUCCACCAUUGUCUUCAACAAGACCACGGCUCUCUUGUAUGUCCUCAAUGACACGACAACUAUUUAUUCUACUUUGACCCAGCUGCCGGUUCCAGUAAAAGACUACUACCACAGAGCAACCGUCGACGACAAGGGGAACUUCCAGCAGUUGAUUCGGAUUAAGAGCGGCAGUGGUGAGUGGAGAUCGGUGUGGAAGUUCGUUGAAAGGCCUUGUAUGGUGAGCAACAUCUGUGGGGUGUUUGGAUUUUGCACCUCAAAUGAUAAUCAAAACGCGAAUUGUGAGUGCUUGGAAGGGUAUUCGCCGAUUGAUCCUAACGUGCCCUCUAAAGGAUGCUAUCCAAAUUUGGCCGUGGACUUUUGUUCAAAUUCAGACUUCAAAAUUGUUAAGCUUGAAAAUGCUGAUUUCCCGUUUUUCAAGGUGGAGGAGUCUGAUGCGACAAUGGUAGCAUCGAAAGAUGUGGACCAGUGUGAGGAAGUUGUGAGGAACGACUGCCUCCGCACGGCGGCAGUUUAUUUUAACGGUGCCUGCUAUAAGAAGAGGAUGCCAUUGUUGAACGCUAGAAGAAGCAUUCCAGAUACGAAUAAUCACGUGGCGUUUCUUAAAGUUCCCACAAUUAACAAUGUUAAUGGAGAACGCAGAAAAUCCCCUUCUAAUGAAGCUCUGUUGGCGAUAUUUGUGCUCUGUUCCACACUUGUAGUGCUUUUUACCGCCAUGGCUGUCUACUACCAUCCCAAGGGCUUUCUGCAAAGGAAGAAGCCUGCAAAGCCAAAGCCAUUGGAGAUGAAUUUGAAGGUAUUUUCAUUCAACGAAUUAAGAGAAGCGACUAAUGGGUUCAAAAACAAGCUCGGCAGAGGAGCUUUCGGCACAGUCUAUAAUGGAGUUUUGAUGUUGAGUGACCAACAAGUGGAGGUCGCCGUGAAGCAAUUGGAGAAGUUGUUUGAACAAGGGGAGAAGGAGUUCAUCACAGAAGUCCAAGUGAUUGGAUUGACUCAUCACAGAAACUUAGUUCGAUUGUUGGGUUUCUGCAAUGAGGGAGAUCAUCGGCUAUUGGUUUAUGAGCUCAUGAAAAAUGGUCCUUUGUCAAAUUUCCUAUUUGGGGAGAAGGAAAAUCAAAAACCCAAAUGGGAAAGCAGAGCAGAAAUCGUGAUGGAGAUUGCAAGAGGGCUGUCAUAUUUGCACGAAGAGUGCGAAACCCAAAUCAUCCACUGCGCUCAAAACAUUCUCCUCGACGACAAUUACUCGGCGAAAAUCUCCGAUUUCGGCUUGGCCAAGCUCAUGAAGAAGAACCAGACACGAACAGCCACCAUGAUUAGAGGAACAAUGGGAUAUAUGGCACCAGAAUGGCUGAAGAAUGCACCUGUUACAACAAAGGUUGAUGUUUAUAGUUUUGGAGUCAUGUUGUUGGAGAUCAUAUUUUGCAGAAGGCAUGCAGAAGAAGGAAUAAUCCAAGGCGAUGAUGAUGCAAUAUUACUUGUGGAUUGGGUUGUAAGUUGUGCGAGAGCAGAAAGAUUAAGAGCCAUAAUAAGUCAUGAUUCUGAAGCAAUAAAUGAUUAUGAAAGGUUUGAGAGGAUGGCAAUGGUGGGUUUAUGGUGCAUUUCUCCAAAUCCAGCCCUUCGGCCAUCCAUGAAAGAGGUCGUACUAAUGCUAGAAGGAAGCAUUGAAUUGGGAAUCCCUCAUUUUCUCGAAGGAGAUGCUUAUUUGCACGCUUAAACCCAGACUUUCAAAGUAUAAUCCCUCUGAUGUUUACCAGAGAUUCGUGCGGAGUAGAGAUUCGAACUCGACCACGACCUUUUGAUCGGAGAUAGAUGUCUAGUUGAGCUAAAUUCAAGUUAGCGCAUAGUUCAAUAUCAAAAAUAUAAGGUUGGUUUUAUGUAUUGACAUAAUAGCCCAUAAAGGUGGGUUAGGAUUGUGAUCUAUAUUAUAAUAGACUUUGGUUGAGUGACUGUGAUCUCCUUUUUACAAGUGAAGUACCAUUUUAAGUAUGAAA